AUGCUGUCUUCCUGGCAGCGCAGCAGCAAAUACUCAGAGCCCUGCAGCUUCAUGCGCAAAGUGGCUUUUGUCCUGCGCGAGAGACGCGCUGACGCUGCUGCUGCUGCUGCUACUGCUGCAGCUGCGGCUCGUGCUGCAGGCCCAGCUGCUGCUGCUGCUGAAGAUACUUUUGAUGCUACAGCACUUUCGCCGCCGCGCAGCAAAAGGGCCUGGAGACCCACCAGCACUGCCUCUCCAGCGCCUGCUGCUGGCAACUCUGCAGCUGCUGUCGCAGCAGCAGCAGCUGCUGCUGCUCCACAAGCGGCAGCAACUACUGCUACUUCUGAUGCGCUGCAAGCGGCCAAUGCAAGUGCUGCUUUCCCGAUGUCUGGCAUGUUUGCUGCUGCUGCAGCAGUAGCAACAGCUGCUGCUGCUGCUGCUGCCGCGUUUUUUGAGCCAGCAGGGCCAGCGGCGGAAACGGUCGCUGCUGUCCCACCAACUGCUGCAACUGCUGCUGCUGCAUCUGGCUCGGCUGCAAGAACGAGCCCCGCGGCAGCUUCAAGCGAUGCAGCAGCAGCAGCAACAGCAGCAGCAGCAGCAGCAGCGGACUCCAGUAGAAGGAGCAGCACUAGCUCUCUCAGUGCGGCAGACGAAGCGUUCUUGCUCCUCGGUGCGCACCAGGAGACGAAACCCAGGAGCAGCAGCAGCAUCAGCAGCAGCAGCGGCAGCAGCAGCGGCCACGCAGCAGGUCUUUCAACUUUGCAGUCGCUCACUACGGAAGCUGAAUCCAGCAGACGCAGCUCUGUCGAGACAGAAGGAAACGGGGUUUUAGGGGCUGGCGGCGGAGGCAGCAGCGGAAACAGAAGCAGCAACAGCAACAAUGAAAGCAGCAGCAGCAGCAACAGCUGUUGCCGCGAUGGUACGAAUUCGCUUCUACGUGGCAAUUCGGGUAUCAGUGGGCUUACCAGCGCCUCCGGUGGAAGCAGAGGCAGCAGCAGCAGUAGCAGCAGCAGCAGUGGCAGAAGCAGCACCGACCGGGGAAGCCCCUUGGAGAGAGCCGAGAGCAGCAGCUCUGCUCUCCCCAGCUGCAGCAUUAGCAGCAGCAGCAGCAGCAGCGACAGCAGCAGCAGCAGCAGCAGCAAGUGGGGCGUGCGCACACUGGAGGUAUCUGGGGCGUACACACUUCCCAACAGCGCCUUCUUUGCAGAGUUCAGCGCCAGGGGCCUCAUUUGUGUCUUAUGUGGAGAAGACGAGGGGGGCCCCAGUGGGGCCCCCGAGGGCCCCUGGGGCCCCGGUGGCUUCCCCCCAAGGGUUCCCCGGUACAACCCUUUUAAGCGGAGUCUUUCGGACUGGUUGGUGUUUGACUUGGACAGGCUGAAGCGGGAAGAAGCAGCAGCAGCAGCAGCUGCUGCUGCUGCAGCUGCUGCUGCUGCUGCUGGGGACGCGGGCUUGAGCCGGCCGCAGCAGGAUGAGAUCGAUGAAGCUGCAACUGCUGCUGCUGCUGUUGAACUCUACAACGAGGCAGCAGUGGCCCGCAGAAAGGCCCGCGGCUGCUGCUGGCCGGACUGCAGCAGCCGCUCUGCAGCAGUAGAUGAGGCCGAUUUGCCAGUUCAGGCCUUUUACGAACCAGCAGCAACAGAGUGGCGGCUGCAGCAGCAGCAACGAGCAGCAGAAGAAGAAAGGAAGAGAGAAGCUGUCAAGGCGUACAGGAAAGUCGUCCUGCGCUGGAUAGAAAAACAAAGGAGGAGGAGGUACGCUGCAGCAGAAGCAGCAGCAAUAGCAGCAGCAGCGGAAGCAGCGGCUUCUGAAAGGCAAAAGAAAGAGCAACUAGCAGCCAGCCAGCCACCAAGUGCUGAAGUUGGUGCGCCUCGAGGCGACCCCAGCAGCAGCAGCAGCAGCAGCAGCAGCUUCGGCAGUGGCAGCAGCAGCAGCAGCGAGGACAGCGGGCGAAUCGCCUUUUCUAGGACUGGCGAUGCCAGCGGAGCCAGCCACAGCGCCACCACUCCCACCGCCAGAAGCAGCAGCAGCGGCAGCAGAAGCAAUAACAGCAGCAGCAGCAGCAGCAGCGCGGGUCCUUAUCCGUGGUGGCCUUCCUCCGUGGUUACUCAGGAGCUGAAGCCGCUGUCAAGUGUGGUUUGGCUGCGGGAAAAGGCAAAUGCCUGGGCCCUCAUAGACUGGAAAGUGGCGCAGAUAGACUCCAAAGGAACUUUAGUGAUUCUUGACUUUGCACACCCUGACGCCUCCCCCCUGUGCCCCCUGGCGUUUCUUUGA